CCCGGCUCAACUUCGGCUCAACUUCGGCUCAGCCUCACUCUGCUGUAUGCUCAGCUUGCACCACUGGUGCCACGCACGCUGCCUUGAUCUUCCACAGCCUCACUGCCGCACAGCCCAGCCGUAAAGGUCAGUCAACGAUAUCUUCAUCCUUCUGAGCUUUGUCCCUUCACAUCAACACGGCUUCACUCGAUCUCAUGGCGGAGGCAAUUGCAGCGUUGAGCCUAGCCUCUAACAUCCUCCAGGUCAUCGACUUCGGAUCCAAGUUCGUGUCGACGGCCUGGAAGAUCUACAAUGCUACUCAUCGCAAUCUCGAGAGCCUGGAUGAGAUAGCAUCUCUUAAUCUUCUGAACCACAGCCUCAGCGCUGUCCUGCAGGAUAUUCGCACACAAUCAUGUGGCACUGACUUGGCAGGUGAGAGUAAUCGAGGUAUCCUCAACCUGUCCAAGGAGUGUGCAACACUGGUUGAAAACUUGGUGACCUCGCUGAAUGAAAUUGCCCGUGGGGACCCGCAUCGAAAGCGCGCCGCCGUCGUCGCCGCAUUCAAGUUGAUGUGGAAACGAGAGGAGAUGAAUGUCCUUCAAGCAAGACUCAACGACUUCAGGUCUCAAUUGACUCUGAGCUUGCUUGUUUCCAUGCGGUACUACGCCAGCCAGUCCUUAGUCCAACAGAAUGCGAUCCUCAAAGGGCUGGAGAAGGCCCAGGAAAGCACUCCAGUCGGGACGAGUGGUGGCAUCAACAGUCGCAUCAACACGUCGGAUCCAUUCGGCACCUCUGUCUUGAACUACGUCACCUUCAAGCUCAAUCAAAAAGAGCAAGAACAAGCAAGACUUGAUCUGAAAACUGAAAUCAUCCAUGCCAUACACAAUGCCUCACUAGGCCAUUCGCAAAUCCGUUCCUCUGCCGUGGGUACGACUAUCCCAGAGGAGGCUGGAAAGCGGUCUCUCUCUAUGUUACUUGCAAGUCUCCGCUAUAGUGGAAUGAAUGACAGAGAAGAAAGAAUUUCCGAGGCACAUGAAACAACAUUUCAAUGGCUGCUGAAGGACAGCGACACCAACAAAUGGGUCAGUUUCAAAGACUGGCUUGAGUCAGACGACAAGUUGUACUGGAUCACUGGGAAAGCGGGCAGUGGGAAGUCGACCUUGAUCAAGUAUAUUUGUUAUCCGGUCCGAUCUACACAAGAACCAAACCCUGUCCCUCGAUGUCGCCAAUUCUUGGAAACAUGGAGCAGUGACAAGCACCUCGUGAUUGCGUCCUUCUACUUCUGGAACUCUGGAAUCCAAACACAAAUGACACAGAGAGGCUUGUUAAUGUCACUUCUACACCAAAUUCUUAAUCAAUGCCCGCAACUCGCACCGUCGGCCUGCCCAGACCGAUGGGAGAGCCUCAGCUUGUUUGGCGAAGACCUUCUGGACUGGGACGAUCAAGAACUCCGAGAUAGGUUGUACUGGGUGACUAAGAACAUCAACCAAGUCAAUUCAACCGUCGCCCUGUUCGUGGACGGUCUUGACGAAUUCCAAGGCAAGCCUGAGGAACUAAUCUCGCUCUUCAAAGACAUCGUCGACUACUCAAACAUCAAAUUAUGUGUCGCCAGUCGGCCCUGGGUAGAGUUCCAGGACGCAUUCCAGCACAGCCCGAGUCUCAUGCUUGAGUAUUUGACGUACGACGACAUUAAGAGCUUUGUUACCUCGAAAUUCCACGGUGAACCCAUGUUUGCACAGCUUCAGCGGCGAGAGGAGGAGUUUGCAGACCAGUUGAUAGAGAGCAUCGUUGUCAAGGCUGCCGGGGUAUUCCUUUGGGUCACCUUGGUCGUCUCAUCUCUUAUUGCUGGCAUGAACGCAGGGGAUAGAGUGUCGGACUUCAUGAGGAGACUGGACCAAUUGCCACCGGAUCUCUCCAAGCUCUACGAAAAGAUGCUAUUGAGCCUAGACCACUUCUACCUCGACCAUGCGUCGCAGCUCUUUUCUCUCGUCAGAACCAGCUCUAUGCCCAUGAACGUGGUGCUUGCUUCCUUUGUGGACGAAGACGACCCCUCAUUUGCUCUACGUCAACCAUGUCGUCCUCUUUCGGAAGACGAGACCGUGCUGCGCAUAGACACGAUAAGUCGGCGUAUCAAUAGUCGAUCCAAGGGCCUGCUUGAAGUCAAAGGCCCCCCAUCAACCCCGGGGAGAUUCAAAAUUUCACAAAACCCUUGGAACUACUCCCGAUAUACUGUUCAAUACCUCCACCGGACAGUGAAAGACUAUAUAGAAAGUGACGAGGCCCAGAUGUUCUUGCAGCCUGCAGCAAGGUCGCCCUUUGACCCUCAUCUCAGACUACUGGCCGGUCACAUAGCAUAUAUCAAGCGGCUGGAUCCCGACAAAAUCUCUGCUCAAGAUUUGUGGAGGGAUUACCUCCAGGAAAGUUUGAAGCUCGCGAGUUCGGUUUCUCCUGGUAGCAUCCCUCAGAUGGUGCUUUUACUGGAUGAAAUGGACAAAAUUGGGCGCGAUAUUCUUCGAGCGAUGGCGGCACGGCGGAGGAAAUAUGGGUCCACAGCGAUAUCAAAGUCUAUUUUAUGGGCUUAUCACGAAGCUUCAUUUGAGAGUCUGGAUAGGGGACGCCUUGGCGACUUCAAGCAUACUUUCCUCUCUCUGACAGUAAUCCUUGGAGUAGUGGAGUAUGUUCGAGUCAAAGCCGAAGCUGGGUGCCUCAUUCGACGCCCACAUUUUGACACCACUACUACCGAGAUCUCCUACUGUGGUGAAUGGCCUCUAUUGAUGGAUGCUGUUAUGUAUGGAGCUUCCAGCAUGUAUUACCUUGCCCGGGGUCCCCGGAAAACCGACACAGGGCCGAAUCACAAGAUGAUUCAAUGUUUGCUCGAAAAGUCUGCAGAUCCAAAUUACUUGGUCUCCGCGAUCGCGGGGGAGGAAACCUCGCCCUUGAUCGAAUCAGUGUCACAGUUAAUGUUGUCCGUAUCACAGGUCACUUUCCCCAGCAAACGGUCAGAGAAGGAGCAUUUUUGGAUCGAAUCAACGCGCCUCCUCGCUCGUGCUGGAAGGCUGGACAAAGACACCAUCGAUCACGCUUUGGUGAUGUUCCUGGAGGAAACCGGUUUGAGAUGGCUUCCGUUCCGUUUUCAAACCUUUAUACAGAAGGCCCAUGCCAAAAAACUCCUGCGGAAAUCUCUCCAAACAUUGGUGGAAGGUGGAAACCCCGAUAUCUCAAACGCAAUUGCAAAGAUAGAAAGGCUCACAGAGGAUUCUGAGUUUAUGCGAAGGCCGCGCCACAUAGCUCGAGACAUUUAGUCUGAUAGGCUCUUUCCUAUGGACAUUGGCGGUCUACUGUCUGAUUGUCGGAAGGGCU